AUGGGUCUCGGCAAGACCAUCCAGGCUGUGUCCCUGGUCAUGUCCGACUACCCCCAGAAGAAGCCAUCCCUCGUCUUAGUUCCUCCCGUUGCUUUGAUGCAGUGGAAGAGCGAGAUCGAGUCCUACACCGACGGCACCCUCAAGGUCUUUGUCUACCACGGUACUAUGAAGAACGCGAAGAAGAUGACCCUGAAGGAGCUCAAGAAGUUCGAUGUCAUCAUGAUGUCCUACAACAGUCUGGAGUCCAUGUACCGCAAGCAAGAGAAGGGUUUCACCCGCCCAGACGGUGUACACAAGGAGAAGAGCUUGAUCCACCAGGUCGACUUCCACCGCAUCAUCCUCGACGAGGCCCAUAGCAUCAAGACCCGUACUACCAUGACGGCCAAGGCUUGCUUUGCUUUGAAGACCUCGUACCGUUGGUGCCUUACCGGUACUCCGCUUCAGAACCGCAUUGGCGAGUUCUUCUCCCUGAUCCGCUUCCUUCAAGUCGCGCCUUUCGCGUCGUACUUGUGCAAGCAGUGCCCCUGUGCCGGCCUGGAUUGGAACCUCGACGACGACCACCGUUGCCACUCGUGUGGACACGCCGGCAUGCAGCACGUUUCCGUCUUCAACCAGGAGCUCCUUAACCCCAUUCAGAAGUUUGGCAACUUUGGAGAGGGCCGUGAGGCUUUCCGCAAGCUCCGUCUGAUGACUGAUCGCAUCAUGCUUCGUCGUUUGAAGAAGGACCACACCAACUCCAUGGAGCUCCCCGUCAAGGAGAUCUAUGUUGAUCGCCAGUUCUUUGGUGAGGCAGAGAAUGAUUUUGCCAACAGCAUCAUGACCAACGGCCAGCGCAAGUUUGAGACGUACGUCGCCCAAGGUGUCUUGCUCAACAACUACGCCAACAUCUUUGGUCUCAUUAUGCAGAUGCGUCAGGUGGCCGACCACCCCGAUCUGAUCCUUCGCAAGCACGGAGAGGGCGGUCAGAACACACUCAUGUGUAGCAUUUGUGAUGAGCCGGCCGAGGAUGCCAUCAGGAGCCGCUGCAAGCAUGACUUUUGCCGCGCCUGUGCUAGAAGCUACCUGUUGUCUGCCGAGGAACCCGGCUGCCCCCGCUGCCACAUUGGCCUGGCCAUCGACUUGGAGCAGCCCGAGAUUGAGCAGAAUGAGGCCGACGUCAAGAAGUCUUCGAUUAUCAAUCGAAUCAAAAUGGAAGAUUGGACUUCUUCCUCCAAGAUUGAGCUUCUCGUCCACGCGCUUCACAAGCUUCGAUCCGACAAUGCUUCGCACAAGUCCAUCAUCUUUUCGCAGUUCUCGUCCAUGCUGCAGCUCAUCGAGUGGCGUCUUCGUCGCGCCGGUAUCACCACUGUCAUGCUCGACGGCAGCAUGAGCCCCGCGCAGCGCCAGGCGUCUAUCGACCACUUCAUGUCCAAGACGGAGUGCGAGUGCUUCCUCGUCUCUCUCAAGGCCGGUGGUGUCGCGCUCAACCUCACCGAGGCGUCUCGCGUCUUCAUCGUUGACCCUUGGUGGAACCCUGCCGCCGAGUGGCAGUCUGCCGAUCGUUGCCACCGCAUUGGUCAAACCCGCCCUUGCACCAUCACCCGUCUCUGCAUCGAGGACUCGGUCGAGAGCCGCAUGGUGCUGAUUCAGGAGAAGAAGACCAACAUGAUCAACUCCACUGUCAACGCCGACGACAAGGCCAUGGAGUCUCUGAGCCCUGAGGACAUGCAGUUCCUGUUCCGCGGAUCUUAGACACUUUGCUUGUCGACGCACUCUUUUUUUGCUUUCAUCAUUGUGUUUUACCGCAAAAAAGUGGAUUUCUAUGGUUUUCCCCAGGGCGGCGUUGCGGACAAGGCAGGACACACGGAAAGGAUCAGGACAUUUGGGACUCUAGUACCCAGCCCCUAUCAUUGGAGUCGGGCGUGCGUCGUUCACUCUUCUUCCUAUACCCCCUUUUCGAUUUGCAAAUGGAUGGCAUGGUGGUACGCGUUCACGGAUGGAACGCCUUUUGCGUGUAUGGGUAUGACCCAUUACUUUAGGUAGAGACACCCUCAGCGUUUAACUGGGUGGUUCUUUGUUGCUCAAGGAAAUUCAAUCUGGACAGUAGGUUCAGACAUUAGGUAUCAGUAACUCUUGAGAUGCAACUUGAGUGACUAGUGUACGGUGAGGAGCCGUG